GACAAACUUCAGUAGCAGGGUAGCAAAGGAGCUUUCCUAGCGCUGUGAGUUUCAGAUGUUGUCAGCAAGGUGGAAAAAUGCACAAACUGGGAUCAUGAGCAUAACAGAAAUGUCUGAAACUAAGAAAAAGCAGCACAUUUUGAAGAUGAAAACACCAAACUUUUCACACUUAAGUCUUUAACAUCCAUCCUUUUGGCAGGAAAGCUGACUGCUGCAUGUCCAUUGCUCUGACACCACUCUGGUGCUUAUAGGAAACCAGUGCUUGAGCUGAGGGGUGGGAGGCUCAGCAGGAGUGAUCAUCAGAAGAACAGCAUCAGUUAGAAGUGGGCUGCUUCUAAGGAAAAACACUUGCAGAGAAAGACUGGAGACAGGACGCUACAACCAGAAAUACAAUCCCCAGACUAGCAUAAUCCCAAACCAAAAUUCUUCCAGCUGAGCAAGAAGUCAUUUCCUGAAAUCCAUCAUAAAUUUCAACAUACACUUUGAAUUUAUCUGCAGCGAGCAUCGUAACAAAGCCUUCAAAUUAGCCAGGUAGCAAAUUUAUGUUGAGUUAUUUUUUCUGUUUAUUAAUUUUUGCAUUCUUAAUAAGGAUAACUGAUAGCGUAACCCUGCACCGACAGCCCAGGGAUUGCUGUCUGUUUGUUUCUGAGCAGAACAGAAACAGGGACAUAAAACAUGGGCAGUGUGCAUGCAUUUCUAAUGAGUGCUGACAUCCCCCUUCCAGCUCAGCCCCGGGGGGUGGGAUAAUGGCUCCCUCCACACCAGCACUCUGCUCAAUACGUACAUCGAGAAAUAUUCAUACAGCUCCAGGAGUGCAAUCCAAGAGGAAAUUAUUGGGCGGUGAGACAGACUGCCAAAUAAGUUUUGUUUGUGGAGUGAAAGCCUCUUGUGCUACACUACAUACAUUAGCUUGAACUACACAUUCUGGGUCAUCUGGGGAAGUUUCAAGUUUGCUCUCAGCAUAAAUACAGAUGAGUACAAAAGUUUCGUAGGAUUUACGAGCGUCCUUUUUCGCAAGCUAACAAACCAGAAAGAAAGAAAAAGCCUAAAAAAUAAAUCAGUUACUUAUAUUGAUAGAGACGUGCAAAAUAAAAUGCAGGAAAGGGCUUUCCAUAAUCUACAGCUACAAAAGCUGUUAUUUCUGUAAGGUUGCAGCUUUCUGUCAACAUCUCUGCUCCAGACAUAACCUCAACACGUAACCCUAGCAAAACAGCAGCUUUUCCUCUGACCUAGUUUAGUGCUGCACGCUGUCAACAAACAGAACGGUAAAGAAAUACAAAAAUUGAUCAAAGUUCCCUUCUAACACAAAAUCUAAGCAAAAUUAGAGACUCAAUUCCCCAUGGGAUGGAACAGCUCUCCUACAGGACAGGCUGAGAGAGCUGGGGCUGUGCAGAUGGAGAAGGGAAGGCAGGGGGAGAGCUGAGGGCAGCCUGUCAGUAUCUAAAGGGGAGCGACAGGAAAGAAGGGGACAGGCUCUUUAGCAGGGUCUGCUGUGACAGGACAAGGGGAAAUGGCCUCAAGCUCAACAAUGGCAGAUUUAGGUUGAUUAUAAGGAAAAAAUCAUUCACAGUGAGGGUGGUGAGGCACCGGCACAGGCUGCCCAGAGAUGUGGUGGGUGCCCCAUCCAUGGAGACUCUCAAGGCCAGGCUGAUCAGGCCCUGGGCAACCUGAUCCAGCUGUGGUGUCCCUGUGCACUGCGGGCAGCUGGACUGUGUGGCCUUCAAAGGUCCCUUCCAGCUCUGAGGGGUCUAUGAUCCUCUAUUCAUUUGGUUUCUGACCAGGCAAUGAAUGAUGCCUUCCUUCCCUUUCCUCCAACAAGUGAAUAAGGUAAGAGCAGAUCUCACAUGAAGGCAAUCACUUGAACAAGACACAACUCAUUGAUUUUAUCAUCUGCUCUAAGGAUCCCCUUCUUGUCACUGACAUUUUGAGCUUACAGACAGACCCACGUUCUCCCUUCUCCUCCACCCCACAGCACCUUGCAGUGAAAAUAUGUCCAGACAGAAAUCAAUGGCAGUCAGUGCUGACAUCACUGAGGACAAAAGUGCUGACUGAAAUGCCUUGACUAGUUCACAUCUAGCAUGGGCAGACAGCUGGGUCUGAAUUCCAAAGAUCCUCCAUAGGAAAUCAGCUCAGUGUAUCAGCUGCUAACUCUCAAGCAUCUGGUUUGUAAGCAGGGCUUACUGCUUUGCUUCCUGAAGUUAAAUCACUGUCAUCAAGGGAAGAGACAUCCCUGUCUGCCACCCUCCCUUUAGCCUUUUCAGCUGGUCCAGUCCUGUACCAACUGCUUUUUCAGUGGUGUAACCACACAAAGAGGAGCACUUACCAUCAGACAAUAACUCAUCACUGACAGGAGUGUGAACAUAUAAAGAUCACUACAUUUUUGCAGAUUAAAUAAAAAUUAAACAAAGAUGAUAGGCACCACUGUAAAUUAACAGCCCAUGAAAAGGCAUGGUCUCAGCAUAUUUCUUCACUGCUGUGCAAUAGAAAAAUACGUAUUUAAACUAAUUCCAUCCAGGGAAGACAAGUAUUUGAGCUUUCAUCACAUGGAAACUCCAAACUCUUGGGUUCAAAAAGAUUUGUAGGCUUUAUUUUAUAUGGGACUAAAACCCAAACUUGCGUGCUCUCCAGCAACCCCAGGAAAUUCACACAGAAAACCCGACAGUGAGUUUUCUUUUUGUUCGUGAAAGCAACAGGAACUACAAAAAACAAAAGUAAAAGAUAACACGUGUAUUUAUAGAGAAUGAAAUACCCCUCAGAAAAAAGGACAGUCUAGAUGCACUUUUGGCAAUGCCAUCUUCUGAAGUGCUGUUCUCUCUAGCUGGCAGCAGACAGUGAUUACCCACACACUCAAAUUUAGUCUUUCUUGUGCCAUAGGCACACAUUGUAUUCAGGGAGUGCAUAGAGUGAGAAGGCCCCUCUGUGGCCACACAAAGAAAUUCCUGUUUCCAAAAUGUAAUUUGUUCUCCUUUCUGCUGACUCUGGUCUCUCCAGCCAUGCAGUAAGCAGAAGUGGCCCAGCAUGUUUGUUCCUCAUCUACCGCAGUUUCCUGUCCACCUGAAAGUGACAACAGCUAACAAAAGAAGGGAAUUACCUUGGAGUUUCAUUUACAAAUUUCCUAUAUAUUGGUCUGUAAUUAAUCAGCCAUUUCAGUGAAUAUACUCAAAUUUUAAGUUCUGUUGGAAGCUGGAUGCCUUGCUUCAUGCCUUGGACCAUCUGCCUACUGAUGUAAGAUCUCAGCACACAGUGUAACUUCUGCCCGAGACUCACAAUGUUGUGUAACCCCCUACCUCAAAAUUUCAAUCUCAGUAGAGGAAAAUGGAGCAGAUUGAUCUUAAAACAUUCUAAUGGGUGAAGAAUGUGUCAAAGAAACAAGAGAUGCCUCCUUGUUUCCCUAGGCAAAGCAAACAGGCACUCAAGCCAAACGGAAAUUCUUCUUGUCUUUUGCUAUCAUUAUUUCACUGUUUUUUUUCCAAAUGCUUUUCAAACACAGUUGUAUUUGAUGCUGCCUCACUGACCUGAGGAUACUGAGACAGGAACACAGGAUACACAGAAACAGGAAGCUACAGUUUUCAGCUUCCUUAGCUGCUUGUUCUUUAAAUAUGUAUUGAAUGUUGUGCUGUAAUCAUCAAUUAGUACAACUAAUAGAGGUACUGCUGUGGAUACUGCAACACCUCUGAGGAAUCCAAGAAACAGAGACAGCACUGGAAGCUCAGACUGUCUGCAUUUCCCUACCACUGACCCUGACAGAUGAGGAGUGCAUACAAAGGCAGGGUUUUUCUUUUAUACUUCAAAACUCUGGUGAAAAAUGAAAGGCCCGGCAGAUCCCUCAAGUCUGCUCUUCAAUUGCUCAAAUCAGUCAAACUUCCCUUUGGAAACUUCAGAGCAAUGUGGCAAAGAGACACACCUUGAGAACAUACUUUUUGCCACCUUCUACUUCCUAGACUUCAUCCUGGCUUUUAUUGGCAACUCCCUGGCUCUUUGGCUCUUCAUUCGGGACCAGAAGUCCGGCACACCGGCCAACAUUUUCCUGAUGCACCUUGCUGUGGCUGACCUCUCAUUCGUGCUGGUCCUCCCCACCCGGCUGGUGUACCAUUUUUCAGGUAACCACUGGCCGUUUGGCGAGAUCCCAUGCAGACUCACGGGUUUCCUUUUUUACCUCAACAUGUAUGCCAGUAUCUACUUCCUCAUGUGCAUCAGCGUCGACCGGUUCCUGGCCAUCGUGCACCCCGUGAAGUCCAUCAAGCUCCGCAGGCCCCUUUAUGCCCACCUGGCGUGUGCCUUCCUGUGGCUGAUAGUUGGGGUUGCGAUGGCACCCCUGCUGCUCAGCGUGCAGACCGUGGAAGUGAACAACACAACCAUCUGCCUGCAGCUCUACAGAGAAAAGGCGUCACGUCACGCUCUUGUGUCCUUAGCGGUCGCGUUCACCUUCCCGUUUGUCACUACGGUGACUUGCUACUUACUGAUCAUCAGAAGCCUGAAGAGUGGGAACAGAGUAGAGAAACACCUGAAGGAAAAAGCUAUCAAAAUGAUCAUCAUGGUCCUGAUGAUCUUCCUGGUUUGUUUUGUACCUUAUCACGUCAAUCGCUACAUUUAUAUCCUCCAUUACAACGGCACCAAGGCUUCCUGCGAGACGCAGCGCCUGCUAGCACUCAAUAACCGCAUCACUUCCUGCCUCACCAGCCUGAACGGGGCCUUCGACCCGGUCAUGUAUUUUUUUGUAGCUGAGAAAUUCCGUGAUGCUUUGUGCAACCUGUUCUGUGGUAAGAGGACGGUGAUGAUACCACAGUGCGAGGGGAAGACCAACGAAAGCUCGCUGAGUGCGAAAUCUGAGCUGUGAACGUGACUCCUGCCUCCGCUUCAACGUGAAAAGCCUGCGCCGCCAAAAUCAGAGGAGAGCAGAUAUGCAGAAAGACCACAUGCAUGACCACAGCCGGGCUCACUCCUGCAGAGGGAAGUUCUGUCAUUUCCCUGGA